AUCCUUGGGCUCUGCCAGGAGCUGACCAUGGGGCUGGGACCAGGCUGCCCUUCCUCAGUGGGGCAGGGACUGCUGCCCUUGUGUGUGAGUGUGUGUGUGUGUGGUGUGUACAAAGGGGCCUUAAUCUCAGUUGGGGCCUCUGGGCCCUGUCAUAAUGCAGAAAUAAUGAGUCUAUUAUUAAGUGCCCACAGUACUUCUUCACUCCGGUGGCUCGCCUCCAGCAGCAGGCAGAACCUGCCCCGCUUGAAGUGGAUGUGUCAUCAUUUGCCUCAGCAAAUCCAAUCCCCUUUGAUGAUGGGCCAAACGCCCUUGGCACAAAGGGCCACAGCUGUGAUACAGGCCCUACUUUUUUUUUUUCCCCUCCUCUCUUCUCUUUGUUCCCAGCUCGUUUGCUCACCCUGGACCUGGAGUGAGCGCGCGUUGGUGGGCGUGGGCGGAUGGAGCCCUGCAUCCCCCAGCAGCGGGAUGGGGCACAAGGGAGAGGGUCACUGCAGUACUCCUGGUUCUCCCCACUGCUGGGAGCAGGCUCAGCACGAGGCUCGUUCCCAGCGUGGGCGGUGAUAGGGUGUGCUCCAGCCCUUCCCUGGGGCUGAGCGAGCUGCCCUGGCCCCAGAGCUGUGGGUGGGACUCUGUGUAGAGCUGCAUGUCCGAGACCCCAAGCAUGCAGAGUGGUGGAAAGUGGGGGAGCUGGGGCUUUCCCUGUGGGCUGUGCAGUGUCCUGACAGUGCUGCAGGCACCUUCUCCGCGCUUCUGCGCCCAAAGCUUCUGCUAUGGGUGCACCCAGGGUCAUCCCUUGCCCUGGAGGAAGAGGAGGGCUGUGGGGUUGGCUGAAACCUCGAGGAGGGGAGAGCAGCACACCCGAGGAAAGGCAUCGAGGGUCUGACCCGAUGCCUGGCGCCCUGUGUGGCUCCACUUUUGUGUACACGAAAUGCUCGUCAGCGGGAAAAGUGCAACCUCAGGUUCUCUCCCACAGGCAGCUCUUUGUUCCCAGAUAAAGGGCCCUGCACCAAAGGCCCUUUGUGCCGCUGCUUAGAACGGUGCUGGGAUUAAUUGUGCCGAUAGGUGCUUGAAUGGGGAGUGCACAAGGCCGCCCGCUCCUGCCGUCAUUAUCUCAAAACUGAGGAGGAAAUUAAAAUGUACGAGAGAUGCCCCUUUUGGUGGCUUUUUGACUAGCAGGCAGCGACCGGAGUUGCACGCAGAUCCCGCUGUCCCCAGCCAGCACCUCUGUUCCCAGUGCCCUGAUGCAGCUGCUGCAGGUGGGAUGGGAUUGGACGGGACAGGACGGGAUGGGACAGCUGCUGGGGCUCGGCUCCUGGGCGCGAUGGUGCGCGUGGCUCCCAGGGUGUUGCAGAACAGGUUCCCAUGUUUGCAGCAGGGCUGCGUGGGUGUCUUUACUAACUUUCCUCCCUUGCCUUCUUCCAGGAUGCUCUGGAGCAUGCUGGAGGUGGCGUCGUACCCUGCUAGCACAUCCUGAUAAAGGUGGUAGUCCCCACGUUCAAAGGCGAGAGCGCUCAAAUCGGAGCCGGUUGGUGGAGACGAUUGAGUCUUCCCCAGUGGCUUCAUCUUGAAAGAAUUUUCCCUUCUGGCUCAGGCAGCGCUAAGCGCAAAGCCUGCCAUCACUGCUGUGCAUGUCUGCCGCCGAGCAGCGCGAGCUGGGGGCUCUCAGGGCCUCUUCAGGAGAGGCGGAACGUUUCGCUGGCCAUGGAGCGUGCACACAGCAUUCCUCAGCCCCUGCUUUGUAAGAGGUCCUGGGGUCCAGGUGGGCCCAUGCCAGGGCUUCACAUGCCCUGUGAGCUGCUGAGGACCCUGCAAAAGGGAUGGGGGGGACACAGGAACUAUGUUCUUUGUAGCUUGAAGUGCACAAAGGAGAUCUGGCAGGGCAGGGAGGAGGCAGCCAGAGCUUAGUGCACGGCCCCAUCCGAGAAGUGAGGCUCUUUCCCUGCCCUUGGAUCUGUCUCUGCCAUAGAAAUCCUGCUUUGGUGUGGGGGUGGCUGUGGAUUGCUGCGCUUGCCAAAUCCUAGCAGGGAUUGUGCUCUCCUGAGCUCCUUGGCCUGGCUGGAGGUAAGCAGAGGACAACUCCCCAGCAGUGAUAAAGCGGGCCUGGGGGAGACUUCCCAAAGCUGCAGAAACUGGGAGCCAAUUUCCCGUUGACUAAUGGAACCAGGCACUCCUAAGCAUGCGGGAUUUGGAAGGCUUUGACUCGCAGCUUAGUGGGCCUUGAUGCCAUUCGCAUCUCUCCAAAGCACCUGCAGACCUGGGCUGAGCGAGGAGUACCCCAGCACCAUGCCAGCAUGGUGCCGAAAUCUCCCCAGAUACCCUAGCCCUGUGUGCCAGUGUGUGCCCACUUGGUGAGGGAUGGGUACUCAGCACACCCCAGUACUUGCUGCAGAGGCAGCCAGUUCAGUGAUGCUGUGCAGAGAAAUCAUUGCAGCAGCUUUAAGGGCACAGUGCAGCUCCGGCUGGGCUCAAUGUGCAGCCCUGGGGCCAUCCGCUGCAAUCUUUAUGUGCUAUGGGGCUGCAAGGAGAGGCCGGGGGGGGGGGACUGCUGACCCUGUCCAGCCCCACAGCUGCAGGAAACCCUGCUGCCCUCUGUGCUCGGCCCCGUUUCCUUUAGUUGCAUCGCCCAGUUGUUUUAUUCCUAUUAUUUUCCCUCCCUGUUCUCACCGUGUGGUUUAUGUGGCUCUCGUGCCAGCGGGGCCGGCUCAGCCCUGUUGUUUUCUUUCCCCUCCUUGCUGUUCGGAGGGCAGAUGCUGCCAAACGAGGAUACGGCGUGUCCCAGCCACGCAGGGAAGAGCAGUGCCGGAGGGGACCUUUGGUGCCGUGGGGUGUGGAGGCUGUGCAGGGGUUUCCCACACACCGUGGGUAAAUUUGAGAACCAGAGUGCCUACGGGACCCCCGUGCCACGUCCCCAUCCUAUCCUGGAGCCCUUGGCUGGGUGCAUCCCACACCCCGUUACAGCCUGGGUCUCCUCUCGGGGACUUGGCAGCCCUGCACUGUCAGCACGCGCUUGGCUCUGCUCCGCUGCCGGCGCUGCGUUCCCGGCCCCCACAGCACUGCUGUGCCCUUAUUAGGACAGCUGGCGCCCAGAGCCAGCCCUGGGAGCAGUGCGGGUGGCUCUGCUCCCCGUCCCCAGUGCAGCACAGGGGCUCCAGGGUGCCUGGGAUGGGAUGUCUCAUCCUUCAUGCUGAGCAUGCUGCCCUGCCCCACUGCCUUGGGGCUGUGUGCUGGCUGCCAGCAUGGCCGUGGAUGCCACACUGUGUUGCUGGCUGCUGCCCCCAGGGUGGGACGCAGGAGGAAGAAAUCCUCCAGCCAGGAUUCAUCCCCAUAAUGUGUGAACACUUCCUUCCUCCUCUGUGCUUCCUCCUCAGCUGGGUCAGCCGGUGCUUUUCCUGAAGUGGAAGAGAAGAAGGUGGAAUUGCCUCUUGCUCCUAGGGCUGGGUCGCCAUGCUGGGGAUGAGUGCACUCUGAGCAAGCGAUGGCUUCAUGCCCUUCUUCUCUAUGAGGGAUGGACAGAUGACCCUCGGGGAGCUGUGCGGAGGGCAGCAGGGGUCAUGCCUGCAGCUGGAUGGGAAGAACAUCCUUCGGGGCUGCUGGCAGGAACCUGCGAGCACACUGGGUUGUGUUACCCAGCUCCAGGGUUUUACUUCAUGCCUCCCAGCUCCUCUGCACAGGAGGAACCCCAGCCUCCAGCUUCCCACCACUAUCCCAGCCCAGAUACGAUGGGACAUGGAAGGAGUGGUGUCAUUCCCCGUCGUUGCAUUUCUCUCCUGGCUUUUUGUGUGCAGCAGUGCUCACUCGGAGCUGCAGCUCUGCCUGGGAUUAGCGACAGCUGCCUGCAAUUGCAGCUCUUCCCAGACAAGCGUCUCGCUCCCCCAAGGCUGGGGCUGGGGCUGUUUGGGGAAUGCUGUCGGGGUGGUUUGUCUUGUAGUCUGCUCCAGGAAUGUUGGCCAGACGGUCAAAUUCUUCUCCCCUCUUGUAAAAUGAGUGAUGUGGGGCGUCUCUGGGAGAGCAGCCUGCCAGUCCCUCCUCCUCUGGAUAAACCUGCCUGGCCCGCACCUCCCUGCCAUGGGAACGGGGCCCUUUCAACCCCAGCCACAGUAAAUACGUGCCCUGCCAAAGCACAGGGGGAGGCGCACAGGGGGCCGGGAGGUGGGGGGCUGGAGGCCGGGCUGGGGGUGGCAACGUGUCCCCGUGCCACCUGGCCGGCUGCUCCGCGGGGACGCCUCGCUCUUCCUGUUCUGACAGCAGAGCAGAAAUCUGGAGUCUGUCUGCGCCGCUCCCCCUCCUCCCACCACGUCUCACCCCCCAAGUUGCUGUUUUCCACAGAAAUAGACCCUGAUGGACACGAAGUGGGUGACCUCGGAGCUGGCAUGGACAACCCAUCCGGAGACGGGGUGGGAAGAGGUCAGUGGUUACGACGAGGCUAUGAACCCCAUCCGCACAUACCAGGUGUGCAACGUGCGGGAGGCCAACCAGAACAACUGGCUUCGCACCAAGUUCAUUCAGCGCCAGGACGUCCAGCGUGUCUACGUGGAGCUGAAAUUCACUGUGCGGGACUGCAACAGCAUCCCCAACAUCCCUGGUUCCUGCAAAGAGACCUUCAACCUCUUCUAUUAUGAGUCAGAUACGGAUUCUGCCUCUGCCAAUAGCCCUUUCUGGAUGGAGAACCCCUAUAUCAAAGUGGAUACAAUUGCUCCGGAUGAGAGCUUCUCCAAACUGGAGUCCGGCCGUGUGAACACCAAGGUGCGCAGCUUUGGGCCGCUCUCCAAGAAUGGCUUUUAUCUGGCUUUCCAGGACCUGGGGGCCUGCAUGUCCCUUAUCUCCGUCCGGGCUUUCUACAAGAAAUGUUCCAACACCAUCGCUGGCUUUGCUAUCUUCCCGGAGACCCUAACGGGGGCUGAGCCCACGUCGCUGGUCAUUGCGCCGGGCACCUGCAUCCCCAACGCAGUGGAGGUGUCUGUGCCCCUGAAGCUGUACUGCAACGGUGAUGGCGAGUGGAUGGUGCCUGUGGGAGCGUGCACGUGUGCUGCUGGGUACGAGCCAGCCAUGAAGGAUACCCAGUGCCAAGCAUGCGGCCCGGGGACGUUCAAAUCCAAGCAGGGCGAGGGCCCCUGCUCCCCCUGCCCUCCCAACAGCCGCACCACCGCGGGGGCAGCCACAGUCUGCAUAUGUCGCAGCGGCUUCUUCCGAGCAGACGCGGACCCCGCAGACAGCGCCUGCACCAGUGUGCCCUCAGCCCCACGCAGCGUCAUCUCCAACGUGAAUGAGACGUCGUUGGUGCUGGAGUGGAGCGAGCCGCAGGACGCGGGCGGGCGGGAUGACCUGCUCUACAACGUCAUCUGCAAGAAGUGCAGCGUGGAGCGGCGGCUGUGCACGCGCUGCGACGACAACGUGGAGUUCGUGCCGCGCCAGCUGGGCCUCACUGAGCGACGCAUCUACAUCAGCAACCUGAUGGCCCACACCCAGUACACCUUCGAGAUCCAGGCGGUGAAUGGCAUCUCCAGCAAGAGCCCCUACCCUCCCCAUUUUGCCUCCGUCAACAUCACGACCAACCAGGCAGCCCCAUCUGCCGUGCCCACCAUGCAUCUGCACAGCAGCACCGGGAACAGCAUGACACUGUCAUGGACUCCCCCGGAAAGGCCCAACGGCAUCAUUCUCGACUAUGAAAUCAAGUACUCCGAGAAGCAAGGCCAGGGUGACGGCAUUGCCAACACUGUCACCAGCCAGAAGAACUCGGUGCGGCUGGAUGGACUGAAGGCCAAUGCUCGGUACAUGGUGCAGGUCCGGGCGCGCACAGUGGCUGGAUACGGCCGCUACAGCCUCCCCACCGAGUUCCAGACGACUGCAGAGGAUGGCUCCACCGGCAAGACUUUCCAGGAGCUUCCUCUCAUCGUGGGUUCAGCCACCGCGGGACUGCUGUUUGUCAUCGUGGUGGUCAUCAUCGCUAUUGUCUGCUUCAGGAAAGGGAUGGUUACUGAACAACUCCUCUCGUCUCCUUUGGGCAGGAAGCAGCGCAACAGCACAGAUCCCGAGUACACAGAGAAGCUGCAGCAAUAUGUCACUCCUGGGAUGAAGGUCUACAUUGACCCCUUCACCUAUGAAGACCCGAAUGAAGCUGUCCGGGAAUUCGCCAAAGAGAUUGAUAUCUCCUGUGUCAAAAUUGAGGAGGUCAUUGGAGCAGGAGAGUUUGGUGAGGUGUGCCGUGGGCGCCUGAAGCUGCCUGGCCGCCGUGAGAUCUUUGUGGCCAUCAAGACACUGAAGGUGGGCUACACAGAGAGGCAGCGGCGGGACUUCCUGAGUGAGGCCAGCAUCAUGGGCCAGUUCGACCACCCCAACAUCAUCCACCUGGAGGGCGUGGUGACCAAGAGCCGCCCUGUCAUGAUCAUCACAGAGUUCAUGGAGAACUGCGCUCUCGACUCCUUCCUCCGGCUGAAUGAUGGGCAGUUCACGGUCAUCCAGCUGGUGGGGAUGCUGCGAGGCAUCGCUGCUGGCAUGAAGUACCUCUCAGAGAUGAACUACGUGCACCGAGACCUGGCUGCCCGCAACAUCCUGGUCAACAGCAACUUGGUCUGCAAAGUGUCUGACUUCGGGCUCUCCCGCUUUUUGGAGGAUGAUCCAGCCGACCCCACCUACACCAGCUCCCUGGGAGGCAAGAUCCCCAUCAGGUGGACAGCUCCUGAGGCCAUCGCCUACCGCAAAUUCACGUCGGCCAGCGACGUGUGGAGCUACGGCAUCGUCAUGUGGGAAGUGAUGUCCUACGGGGAGCGACCCUACUGGGACAUGUCCAACCAGGAUGUGAUCAACGCGGUGGAGCAGGAUUACCGCCUGCCACCCCCCAUGGACUGCCCCACAGCACUGCACCAGCUGAUGCUGGACUGCUGGGUGCGGGACCGCAACCUGCGGCCCAAGUUUGCACAGAUUGUCAACACGCUGGACAAGCUGAUCCGCAAUGCUGCCAGCCUGAAGGUCAUCGCCAGCGUCCAGUCCGGUGUCUCCCAGCCGCUCCUGGACCGCACCGUGCCCGAUUACACCACCUUCACCACCGUGGGAGACUGGCUGGAUGCCAUCAAAAUGGGACGGUACAAGGAGAACUUCGUCAACGCCGGCUUCGCCUCCUUUGACCUGGUGGCACAGAUGACAGCAGAGGACCUGCUGAGGAUAGGAGUGACGCUAGCAGGGCACCAGAAGAAGAUCCUGAGCAGCAUUCAGGACAUGAGGCUGCAGAUGAACCAGACACUGCCGGUUCAGGUUUGACCGCAGGGGACUCUGCAUUGGAACGGACUGAGGGAACCUGCCAACCAGGUUCUGUUUGCGGUGCAGCCCGGCUUCCCGAUUUCCCCUUCCCGUGGCGCUCCUCUGCCUCGGACGCUCGCCGGGGACAGGCUGGGCCGGGCCACCCUUCCCUGGAUCAGAGGCACUCGUGCCGAGAGGGAGCCCGGCUUUUCGUCCCGUGUCCCGCAGCGGCGAGGCAGUGAACGCAGUCUUCAUAUUGAAGAUGGAUUAUGGGACGGAGAUGGCGCAUCCGCUUCCCGCCCUGUCUCAGUGCUCAUCAGUUUGAAGAGAUGUUCUGCUUCUUGGAUUUCUUUACACCCCGGUUUUCCCCCCUCGAGUCCUCACUUCCCCCUAUCCCUGAGGCCACAGACUGUUGACCCGUCCGCUGAGUCCGUCAGACGCUCCGAAGCCUUCCCCGAGCCCGGUCCCCGCGUGGAGACGGCGCCAGGGACGGGGCUACGGCCCCAGACAAUCACUCCACCCCUCCGCACGAGGGUCCUCACUGGGACGUGUCUGAAGGGGAAAGGCUCUGCUCCCUUUUUGGCUUUGCACGCCAGAACCCGAACCCCGUGAGAUUUACUAUGCAGGGAGUUAGGCAAAAAAAAUAAUAAUAAUAAUAGAGAGAGAUAUAUUAAAAAAAAAAAAAGAGGGUGCAGAAAGGGGACCCUCUUGGUUCUCGUGGCCGGCUCUGGACUGCAGAGUGAGGCCGUCAGCACGUUUGCACAGGGACCCUCCAGCCCCCAAAGCGGGGCCAGGAGCGGGGCCGGGGCCACACGGAGGCCUGGCCUCCCCCAGCCUCCUGUUUUAUGCAGAAGGAGCGGGUGCCGCUCCUGCCACACGCUGUGAUUGCUGCCAAAAGACUCACUCACCUUCCUCUGACUUCACUGCAGCCCGCUUCCUCCGUGCUGAGGGCGAGACUCCCAGCGUGCAUGAGUGUGUGUGAGUGUGUGCGUGCGUGCGUGAGUGCUGGCCGGCAGGACUGUGCGAGGCAAUGGGCAGAAUAAAGGCAAUAAGAAUUUUA